UUCAGAUGCGAGCCUCUGGUAAAGCACUCCUGGAUGCUGUCUGCAGCCACCUUAACCUAGUUGAAGGUGAUUACUUUGGACUGGAAUUUCAGGAUCACAGGAAAAUCAUGGUAUGGCUGGACCUCGUUAAGCCCAUCAUAAAGCAGAUCAGAAGACCCAAGACUGUAGUUCUGAAGUUUGUUGUCAAGUUCUUCCCCCCUGAUCACACCCAGCUGCAAGAAGAAUUAACCAGGUACCUCUUUGCACUGCAAGUGAAGCAGGAUAUGGCGCAAGGCAGGCUCACAUGUAAUGAAAGCAGCGCUGCACUCUUAAUUUCCCAUAUUGUGCAAUCUGAAAUAGGAGAUUUUGAUGAAGCCGUUGACAGAGAACAUCUUUUAAAGAACACAUACAUGCCCCAGCAAGAUACUCUAGUAGAAAAGAUCAUGGAAUAUCAUCGGAAUCACUAUGGUCAGACGCCAGCUGAGUCAGAUUUUCAGCUCUUGGAGGUUGCCCGUCGGCUAGAGAUGUAUGGCAUUAGACUACAUCCAGCCAAAGACCGAGAGGGAACUAAGAUAAAUUUGGCCGUUGCCAACACAGGCAUCCUAGUAUUUCAGGGUCACACAAAAAUCAAUGCAUUUAAUUGGGCUAAAGUGCGAAAACUGAGUUUCAAGAGAAAGCGAUUUCUCAUAAAACUGCGUCCAGAUGCAAAUAGUUCUUACCAAGACACCUUGGAAUUUAUGAUGGCUAGUCGAGACUUUUGUAAAUCUUUCUGGAAGAUAUGUGUUGAGUACCAUGCCUUCUUUAGGCUCUUUGAAGAACCCAAACCAAAGCCAAAACCGGUCCUUUUCAGCCGAGGUUCAUCAUUUAGAUUCAGUGGUCGUACACAGAAGCAAGUUUUGGAUUAUGUGAAAGAAGGAGGCCAUAAAAAAGUACAGUUUGAAAGGAAGCACAGCAAGCUUUGUUCUAUAAGAAGUAUGACUGCCCACUCACCUGAGCAGAUUUUAGAGGUGCCAAAACAAAGCCCUAAAAUGUCUGUUGCACAAAGUUCUCAGCCUGAUGAGAUUCAAACAUUACACCCAAGCAAGGAAGAGAAGCUAGUAAUUGAGGCUUCAGUACAGCGCAAAAGCCCCUCUCCUAAGAAGAUCUCCCUGGACAAGAAAGCAAAGGAAGGUGCUCAUUUGACAGCUGAUGGUGAAGACACAGCCAAAGAUCAUAUCCAGCAGAAUAUGAAGAAUGCACACCAGCCAAGCACAGGUUCAUUAACAGGGAGUCCACACCUCUCAGAACUGUCAAUUAAUUCUCAAGGAGCAACAACAGGGCUAAACUCCACAUUAUCGCCAAACUUAAGUCCUGAUGGAAAGCCUUCUUCUCCUCUCAUCAGUCCAUUGCUGAACGAGCCCAUCUGUAUCAGAACUGAUGAUGAGGAGGAUAGCCGGAAAAAGAGAUUUCCAACUGACAAAGCUUACUUUAUUGCAAAGGAGGUUUCAACCACGGAGUGCACCUAUCUUAAAGAUCUUGAAGUCAUUACAGUGUGGUUUCAGAACACAGUAAAUAAGGAUGACUCCAUGCCAGAGCAAUUAAGAAAUCUUGUUUUCUCCAAUUUUGACCCCUUACAUAAGUUCCACUCUAGUUUCCUAAAGGAAGUUGAUCAAAGACUUUCCUUCUGGGAAGGAAGGUCCAAUGCCCAUAUGAAAGGUGAUCAUCAAAAAAUUGGGGAUGUCAUGUUGAAGAAUAUCCAGGGUAUGAAGCAAUUCACAACCAACUAUCAGAGGCACUAUGAUGUAUUGAUGGAACUGGAGAAAGCAAUUAAAAAUUCCCGCAAACUAGAAAUUCUGUGUAGAGACUUUGAGCAGGAGAAGGUGUGUUACCUGCCACUGAACAUGUUUCUCCUCCGGCCCCUGCACAGACUCAUGCACUACAAGCAAAUCAUGGAGAGACUUUGCAAACACUACUCACCAAAUCACAUAGAUUUUCCGGGACACUCGAGCUGCCCUUGCUGAAAUCUCGGAGAUGGUAGCACAGCUCCAUGGAGCAAUGAUAAAGAUGGAAAAUUAUCAGAAAUUGCAGGAGCUCAGGAAAGAUCUGACAGGCAUUGACAAUCUGGUGAUACCUGGCAGGGAGAUUUAUUAGACUUGGGAGUUUAAGCAAGUUAUCUGGAAAAGGCUUACAGCAAAGGAUGUUUUUUCUGUUUAAUGAUGUGUUGCUGUACACCAGCAGAGGGCUGACCUCUUCUAAUCAGUUUAAGGUCCAUGGGCAGCUGCCAUUGUUUAACAUGACGGUAGAAGAAAGUGAUGAGGAGUGGGGAGUAUCUCACUGUCUGACCCUAAGAAGUCAGAAUCAAGCUAUAGUUGUUGCAGGAAGUUCUCGUUCUGAAAUGGAAAAAAAUGGAGUGAAGAUAUUCAGAUGGCUAUUGAUCUAGCAGAAAAGAGUAGUGGUCCUGUCCCUGAGCUGUUAGCCAGCAGUCCUCCCGAUGGCAAAUCACCAGAGGAAGGUCCUGCUGAUCAGGAAUCGGAGGACGAUUUGAGUGCUUCUCGCACAUCACUGGAACGACAAUCACCUCACCGUGGAAACACUACCGUUCAUGUGUGUUGGCAUCGGAACACAAGCGUUUCCAUGAUUGAUUUCAGCUUUGCUGUGGAGAAUCAGCUGUCAGGAAACCUGCUUCGAAAGUUCAAGAACAGCAAUGGAUGGCAGAAACUCUGGGUGGUAUUCACAAAUUUCUGCCUAUUUUUCUACAAAUCACAUCAGGAUAAUCAUCCAUUAGCCAGUCUCCCUUUACUUGGCUAUUCACUCACCAUUCCCUCUGAAUCAGAGAACAUUCAUAAGGAUUAUGUCUUUAAACUGCAUUUCAAGUCUCAUGUGUACUAUUUCAGAGCUGAAAAUGAAUACACCUUUGAAAGGUGGAUGGAAGUGAUUCGAAGUGCCACAGACUCCAUCAGUCGCUCCCGCCUCUUGAGCCAUAAGGAGUCUCAUUUGUACUGA